CUAGCCCUCUCAUUAGUGAGCACACUUCAGUCAUUCUCAGCUGCUCCUGCUACUCUCCACAAGGAAGAAUGCCUUGGGGCUCUGUGCAUUUCCAACUCUUCAGACUAGCCGUCUAUCUGAUUGGGUUAUAUCAGUUUAGCACAGCCACAGAGAAACCUCUGAUCUCUACAGAUAAGCUGUUGGUUUUAACUGUUGCAACAAAAGAAACAGAUGGCUUCCUUCGGUUCAUGCAAUCUGCUAAGUACUUUGACUACACUGUGAAGGUUCUAGGCACAGGACAAGACUGGAAAGGAGGAGAUGUAACAAAUUCAAUAGGAGGAGGCCAGAAAGUGCGUCUGUUAAAGGAAGCGUUAAAAACCUUAGGUGACCAGAAGGACCUUGUAGUUCUUUUUACAGACAGUUAUGAUGUCAUCUUUUCUGGAGACCCUGAAGAAUUGCUCACAAAAUUCCAGCAAACACAGCACAAGGUUAUAUUUGCUGCAGAAGCAUUAAUCUGGCCUGACAAGAGAUUAGCGGACAAGUACCCCGUGGUGCGCAGUGGGAAACGAUUUCUUAACUCAGGAGGAUUUAUUGGUUAUGCAUCCAAUAUACAACAAAUUGUACAACAAUGGACAUUGCAAGAUAAUGACGAUGAUCAGCUUUUCUACACCAAAAUUUAUCUUGAUGUGCUUCAACGGGAACGUAUAAACAUUACACUGGAUCACAAAUCUCAGAUUUUCCAAAAUCUAAAUGGAGCAGUUGAUGAGGUUUCAGUAUACUUUGAUGGUCCAAGAGCCAGAGCACAGAAUACCCAGUAUGAGACAUUUCCAAUUUUAAUACAUGGAAACGGCCCUACCAAGGUUCAGCUAAACUACUUUGGAAAUUAUGUUCCUGAUUUGUGGACACCUGAAAUCAAAUGUCGAAAUUGUGAUUUAGACACCAUUGAUUUAUCAACAGUUGAUGACUAUCCAGAUAUUACCGUUGGAAUCUUUGUUGAACAGCCAACUCCUUUCCUGCCAGAGUUCUUCAGCAGACUGUUGGCACUUGACUAUCCCAAAGAUAAGCUAUCAGUCUUUAUUCAUAACAGUGAGGUUUAUCAUGAAAAACAUAUCCAGAAGUUUUGGGAAACAGCCAAGGGACUCAUUAAAAGUUUUAAAGUAGUUGGACCUGAAGAAGAGAUCACACAAGCAGAAGCAAGAAACAUGGGAAUGGACAUUUGCCGGCAGGAUAAGCAAUGCGACUAUUACUUUAGCAUUGAUGCUGAUGUGGCUGUGACAAAUCCAAAGACUUUAAAAAUACUCAUCGAACAAAACAGAAAAAUCAUUGCACCCCUGGUGACCCGUCAUGGCCAACUCUGGUCAAAUUUUUGGGGUGCCUUAAGCCCUGAUGGGUUUUAUGCAAGAUCAGAAGAUUAUAUAGAUAUUGUUCAAGGCAUUAGAGUAGGUGUAUGGAAUAUUCCAUAUCUGGCCAAUGUCUACCUAAUCAAAGGACAAGCUCUUAGGACUGAGCUUAAAGAGCGAAACCAUUUUAUCAUGGACAGGUUGGAUCCUGAUAUGGCACUAUGCAAAAAUGCCAGGGAAAUGAGUUUACAAAGACAGAAAGACUCCCCAUCUGCGGAAACAUUCCAUAUGUUCAGACCCCCUAAGGGUGUUUUUAUGUACAUUACCAAUCGUCAUGAAUUUGGAAGGCUCGUUUCUGCAGCGAACUACAACAUUUCCCACUAUAACAACGACCUUUGGCAAAUAUUUGAAAAUCCUUUGGAUUGGAAGCUAAAAUAUAUAAAUGCCAACUACUCGAAGAUUUUUACAGAAAAUAUUGUUGAACAGCCAUGUCCAGAUGUGUUUUGGUUUCCUGUGUUUACUGAGGAAGCCUGUGAUGAAAUUGUAGAGGAAAUGGAGCAUUUUGGCCAAUGGUCGGGUUCGAAAGCUACAGACACACGAAUUGCUGGAGGGUAUGAGAAUGUGCCAACGGAUGAUAUUCACAUGAGUCAAAUUGGAAUGGACAAGGAAUGGCUCCACUUUAUUAGAGAAUAUAUUGCUCCAGUAACUCUCAAAGUGUUUGCUGGCUACUACACAAAAGGCCGAGCUUUACUCAACUUUGUGGUGAAAUAUACACCUGCUCGACAGUAUUAUCUAAGACCUCAUCAUGAUGCUUCAACAUUUACCAUCAACAUAGCUCUCAACAAAAAGGAUAAAGAUUUUCAGGGAGGUGGUUGCAGAUUUUCCAGGUAUAACUGCUCACUUGACUCACCAAGAAAGGGGUGGAGCUUUAUGCACCCAGGGCGACUCACACACUUGCACGAAGGACUACCUGUGACAAAUGGGACAAGAUAUAUUGCAGUUUCUUUUAUUGAUCCAUGAACUCUGGCAGACUCUUGAACUCAUCGGCAAACUAUUUUGACCAUUUUUAGAUUUUUUUUAUUUAUAGUUUUUUUUUCUAAUUCGGAUCACAAUAUUUACUACUGUUUUAAAAGAAUAUGGAAAAAUAAAAUGCAUGGGGAACAAAAAAAUACACAUUCUGAAUUCCAUAUGGGAUUUACCCCCCCACUACUCCCCAUGUUGCAGUUUUAAAACUCCAAGAAUACACAGACAACUGAAUACUGCAUAAAACAAAUAAGAUUUUGAGGUUCCAUCAUAAAACAAGCACAUAAACAAGUAAGCUUUUUUUUUUGUGCAUGGAAGUGGUAUUCAACCAUCAAUUGAGUAGGAAUUGGAGACAUCACUGGAGCAUGGUUCAGCCCAUGAAACAGAUGAGCAUAGUUAAUGUCACUGAUUUAUUUAGGGCAAUGUUAAUAUAUGCCAAAAGUUCAAGCAGUAAUGCCCAGUGGCAACAAGAAAAAAAGCCCCUUAGAAAUUGUUAUUUUUAAAAAUGGAUAUUACAAGUUUGUAUUUUGUUUUGCACUGCAGUCAAUUUUUAAACAUAGGGGGAUCUAUUAUGAAGCAAAAUAAACAUACGCUUAGUGGGUUUUGCAUUACCAUAUAAGUCUAUAAGAAUACAUAUUCCACUUGAAGUGGGUAAAAUACAGGUCAUAGGGAGCUCAAAUGUACCUUUUCAAUAAAUUCUGAAUGAUCUUGGAAACCUCUUAAACUGAUGUCAAACUGAGACCAAGGCUCAUCAAUGAUGGCCCUGACCAUCUCAGAAGCUUCCAUUCAGGUUCACUGCGACAUAAGCCAUUGCCUGGGAACUUCUAUACAGAAACUAUGAGUUAGGAAAUAGAAUCUUACAACUGAUUCUGAAUCUGGUGCUUUACUUAUAGGCAGAUUUCCUUUUUAAUAUACUUUUUUACCUUCCAAAAUCUGUUAGUCUGCAGUAUUAAACCUGUAGAAAAGUACAUGUUAAUGCAAAUUUGCAAUGAUGGAGUCAGUGUACAUAUAUUUAUUGUGGCAGAUUUAUUUUUCCAAAGAAACAACAUGUUCCAUUGCUGUCACUUCAUAAAUAAUAAAAAAAAGUGCAUAGAUAUGGAUAUAUUGUAAACAAUGCUAUGUUAUAAUAACAUGAUGGAAUCUUGGUCACAUCAAGCCUAACCAAUCUGUGGUGUAGGCUUGCGGUGCAUGUUCUAAUGCCAGGUACACACGGGCUGAAUAUCGACCAAAAUUGGCCAUUACAGUGGAAACCGGACGAUUAUUGACCCGUGUAUACAACUGCCUGUCUGACAGAAGCUAAUCUAAUGAUCAGCUUCUUUCGAACGACCAUACUUCAAAACCAGCAGCCGACUAGCACCUGAUCAGCGCUUGCAGUUAAUGGCGGUUCUCCCGUCCAAACAGCAGUGAAUGGCUGUGCAGCGGGGGCGUGUCAGGACAAGUCUGACCAGGGUGGGUUCUACUGCUUAAUGUGGUCAGUUUUUAAUCAAAAAGUGGAGGGACUAGCAGGAUCAAGUGAUUUCAUAAAAAGGAAGCAAUACAAAGAGAACAAGAUACCAUCCUCAAACAAGUACAGGAUACAGCAGGCGCAUAUUUAGAAUAUGAAAUGUUGGGGUAACAAACGCUUUAAGCCAACAGCUAAAACACAACAAUUGCAAAUAAAAUAUGACAUUUUCAAUAAAUACCCUUUCUAUCAAACCUUCAGGUCACAUAAAUGUCCACAUGUUUUUUUAAUUCACUGCAAAAAAGUUAGCACGUUUUGAAUAUCCCAAAAACCUAGCCUGAAUAUGCUACUGGUUAUUGUGGAUGGAAAAGGUAAUACCAGUUUUUCAAUGUUGUUCCUACAUGGUGCUAAUUUAUUGUAUAAUGAUUCAUUUAGCCAUUUGUAUUUAUUUUACCACAAGCAGCCAAGGCCCAAUAGAUGUCACCUUUGAGCAAUAAUGAUGCCUUAAGCCCAUGUUCACAUUGCAGGUAUGAAAGUUCAGCUGAACUCGCACGUUUUCAACACGGCAAUGCAGUCUGACUUCGGGAGCGAUUUGACAGACAUCUGUGCGGGUUCAUGCACAGAUGUCUAUACAAAUCGUCUCCCGAAGUCACCAAAAGGAGUAAAGGAACUACUUUUGGGAAACGGUGCGGCGCCGCAAAGUCGGAUGGUGCAAUUGCCGGCGAUUUGGCAUGCGAUUUGACAUGUCAUGCUCUGUCCCUUUUGAGACACUAAAUGCAAACACUCUGAUAGAGCCGCAGUCUGAUUUGGCUGCAAUAUAAACACUUGCUGUACCUUUUACUUUUUUUUUUUAUAUGAUAAAGUGAAAUAACUUUAUCAGUCAGUUCCAAAAUGCUGCAAAAAUGACCAAAGUGCCUAAAACCGUUAACUGAUUCUUUGCCAAUGAGAUAAAAUGCCAACAGGAAUAGUUUCAAUUAGUUAGACGGAAAGAUUUUUUUCUUAUUUUGAAAUAUUUCAUAGUUCACACUACAAAGUGCCUUUUUUGAAUCUAGACAAGUUUUGUUUCAACAAGUCCUUCUUUUUUUUUUUUUUUUUCCAUUGUUUAAGUUACUACAUCAAAACAUUUGCUAUGCUGUAGCUGAUUUAUUUUUAUUUUUUUAAACAAUGCAUUCUCUAAAAGUGCAUCGCUGGAUUGAUGACGUGAAUUUUUUCAAUUUACUUGAAAUUGUGUUCGAGUCCGAUGUUUAGCUUUUGUGUUUUAUUCAAUCAAGGUGGUCUCUUUUUAAAAAAGAAUAAAACUUUUUCAAAAUUUAGCAUUAUGCAAUAUUUGCAAAUAUGCAUUUUUUUCUAUUUGCAGUACUUGAAGAGAACAGCCUUAAAGUGUCAGUGAUGUUAUGUUUGUGAUAAAUAAAUGUUAAUUUAAAAUGUU